UCAUGCAGCUCUCUUUAAACACAGAGUAUCCGGCUCUUUUCACUUUGCUAAUCUGCGUUUGUGAUGACUUUUCAAUGUAGGUUUUGCAGGAAGUGCUUCUUGACAGCUAUCAGAGAAAGUGGAACACAUUGUCCUCUCUGCCGGGGGAGUGUGACUAAAAAGGAAAGAUCAUAUCCCAAAAGGGCUCUAGAUGUUGAAAACAAUAUGAAGAAAGCUUCGGGGGGAUGUAGAUGCUGUGAAAAGCAGGUUAGAUUUUCGUGGAUGAGGCAGCAUUAUAAAACGUGUAAGAAGUAUCAGGAUGAAUAUGGUGCUUCUUCUAUUAUACCAAACUUACAGAUUUCGCAAGACUCAUCAGGGAACAGUAACAGGAGUGAUACAGUAUCUGAUAAUGGAGAGAGGGCAAGCAAUCAGAUGCUUCAGGGAGAUACAAGUGGACAUCCAACCUUCAAGUGCCCCUUGUGUCAGGAAGCCAAUUUUACUAGACAGCGCUUGCUGGACCACUGUAAUAAUAGACACCUUUAUCAGAUAGUUCCUGUAAUCUGUCCUAUUUGUGUAUCUCUUCCUUGGGCAGAUUCUAACCAGGUUACUAGAAAUCUUGUCAGCCAUUUAAAUCUAAGACACCAGUUUGACUACGGAGAAUUUGUGAAUCUUCAACUUGAUGAAGAAGCCCAGUACCAAAAUGCGGUUCAGGAAUCCUGUCAUGUGAACUUUUGAAGUGUAGAUCCCCUUCAACCUACUGAUUAUCUGAGGGGAAAAACUACAUGAAUUCUGUUGGUAAUAUGAAAUGUAUAUUAAUAAAAAUGGAAUUCAGUAAGUAGUUUUCAGGUUUAAUUUUUCACACUAAUAAGGA